AUCACAAGUCACAACAGACUUCCCUCGCAUUCCGACGCGGCUUCUCUAUCUUCUCUCAUCUUCUCAUCGACACAGGACGAGGCUAACAGAUUCUCAGAUGUAACAUCGAGCGGCUUCUUAUCCGCUCUCAUUUCUUCGAAUCCCAAACCCUAGCUCAGAUCAGAUCAGAUAUCCACAUGGAUUCCCAAAUUCAAGAAUCCAGUCGAACGAAUGAACAAAAUCAGCAGCGGGAACAACAACCAUCCCGGAAGCAAUGGUCUUUGCAUGAUUUCGAUAUCGGAAGACCUCUCGGGAAAGGGAAGUUUGGGAGAGUGUAUCUUGCCAGAGAAAAGAAGAGCAAAUAUAUAGUUGCACUUAAGGUUAUAUUCAAGGAACAAAUUGAGAAGUACAGGCUGCACCACCAGCUGAGGCGGGAGAUGGAGAUACAGAGUAGUCUCAGUCACCCAAAUGUUCUCCGUCUCUUCGGUUGGUUUCACGAUGGUGAGCGAAUCUUCUUAAUUCUCGAGUACGCACACAGGGGAGAGAUUUAUAGGUUGUUGAGGAAGUCCGGAUACCUAUCCGAGAAGCAAGCAGCCACUUAUAUUGCGAGCCUCACGCAAGCGCUAGCUUACUGCCAUGACAAACAUGUAAUUCACAGAGACAUCAAACCAGAGAACUUGUUGCUGGAUUUUGAGGGCCGACUAAAAAUUGCAGACUUUGGAUGGUCUGUUCAGUCGAGAAGCAAAAGACACACUAUGUGUGGAACUUUAGAUUAUUUAGCUCCAGAAAUGGUUGAGAACAAAGCCCAUGACUACGCUGUUGAUAACUGGACUUUAGGUGUACUUUGUUAUGAGUUCCUUUAUGGGGUCCCUCCAUUUGAGGCUGAGAGUCAAAAAGAUACAUUCAGAAGGAUAAUGAAGGUUGAUUUGAGCUUCCCUCCUACACCCCAUGUGUCUGCAGAAGCAAAAAAUCUCAUCAGUCGGCUUCUAGUGAAGGACUCUUCAAAAAGGCUUUCCCUUCAGAAGAUCAUGGAGCAUCCUUGGAUUGUUAAGAAUGCAAGCUCUAUGGGUACUUGCAGUCCUGCACUAAAACAACUAGACAAGAUUCUAAUGGAAUUGUAGCCUGUAGACAUCAAAGGGAUUAAUAGAUCACGAAUCACGUGCCAUGGUGGCCUAUCGGGAUUGGCAGGAAGAAAUGUUCUCUGACUUCUCCCAAUAUUUUUAAAAUUUAUUUUCCAUUAUUUCAACAAUUCAUUGAAUUUGUGGGUUAUUUUUUCUUCUCAUGUGUGAGACAUUGUUUGGUCAUAUGGCCCGUAUCACCCU